AUGUCUUCUCAGGAUCGCCAGCUCCCCGAGGCCCAGCACGACCCCAAGUCGUCGCCUGACUACAUCCAGUUCAAGUGCAUGCCCCCGGGCGCUCACCUGAACCGCUGGUCGCAGAACAUUACUCGCGGGCAUGAGUUCCCAGGAGCACAGGCCAUGCUGUACGCUGCCGGUGUGCCUGACCGUGACAUGAUGAAGAAUGCCGCCCAGGUCGGGGUUGCUUCUGUCUGGUGGGAGGGAAAUCCUUGCAACACCCAUCUUCUUGAGUUUGGCAAGAUCGUCAAGGAUGCCGUCGAGCGUCAGAAGAUGAUCGCAUGGCAGUACAACACUGUCGGUGUCUCGGACGCGAUCACCAUGGGCAGUGAAAGCAUGCGCUUCUCUCUCCAGACCCGAGAGAUCAUCGCAGACUCCAUCGAGUCCGUCACCUGUGGCCAGUCCCACGACGCCAACAUCUCCAUCCCCGGCUGUGACAAGAACAUGCCUGGCGUCGUUAUGGCUGCUGCUCGCCACAACCGUCCCUUUAUCAUGAUCUACGGCGGCACGAUCCGCAAAGGCCAGUCCUCUCUUCUGGAGAAGGAGAUUAACAUCUCGACAUGUUACGAGGCCAGCGGCGCCUAUGCAUACGACAAGCUCCACGCCAAGACCGAUGCUGGCAAGGAGGGCCGGACACCAAGCGAUGUGAUGGAAGACAUUGAGAGGCAUGCCUGCCCUGGCGCCGGCGCCUGCGGUGGCAUGUACACGGCGAACACCAUGGCCACGGCAAUUGAAGCCAUGGGCAUGUCCCUCCCAGGAUCGUCCUCGUAUCCCGCGGUGUCGCCAGAGAAACGCAGAGAGUGCGAGAAGGUGGCCGCUGCCAUCAAGAUCUGCAUGGAGAAGGACAUCCGUCCCCGCGACCUCAUGACCAAAAAGUCCUUUGAGAACGCGCUGAGGCUGACCAUGAUCCUGGGCGGUUCGACCAACGGCGUGCUGCACUUUCUCGCCAUGGCCAACACGGCCGACGUGCCGCUGACGCUGGACGACGUCGCCCACGCGUCCGACACCACACCAUACCUCGCCAACCUGGCGCCCAGCGGACAGUACUACAUGGAGGACCUCUACAAGAUUGGCGGCACGCCAUCUGUCAUCAAGAUGCUGAUCCAAAAGGGCAUACUGCACGGCGACAUCCCCACCGUGACCGGCAAGACCCUGGCCGAGAACGUGGCGGACUGGCCGAGCCUCGACCCGGGGCAGCAGAUCAUCCGUCCCCUCGAGAACCCCUACAAGGACUCGGGCCACAUCCGCAUCCUCAAGGGUAACUUUGCCCCCGGCGGCGCCGUCGCCAAAAUCACCGGCAAAGAAGGCACCUCCUUCACCGGCAAGGCACGCGUGUUCCACAAGGAGCACGCGCUCAACGAGGCGCUGUCGAGGGGCGAGAUCAAGCGGGACGCCGGGAAUCUCGUCCUCAUCGUCCGCUACGAGGGCCCCAAGGGCGGCCCAGGCAUGCCCGAGCAGCUGCGCGCGUCGGCGGCCAUCAUGGGGGCCGGCCUGUCCAACGUGGCGCUGGUCACGGACGGGCGGUACUCGGGCGCGUCGCACGGCUUCAUCGUCGGUCACGUCGUGCCCGAGGCCGCUGCGGGUGGACCGAUUGCGCUGGUGGAGGACGGCGACGAGAUCACCAUUGACGCCGUCGCGAACCGCAUCGACGUCGCCAUUAGCGAGGAGGAGAUGGCCAGGAGGAGGAGUGCGUGGAAGGAGCCGGAGCCGCACGUCAGGAGAGGCGCGUUGGCCAAGUACGCGAGGUUGGUGGGUGAUGCCAGCCAUGGCGCCGUGACGGAUGGCUGGUGA